AUGGGCAAAGAUCACCCCGACGCUGAUAUUCAUCCUGAGGCUACAGGCCUAGCAGCAGCGACAGUCAAGGUGAGCUGGCAAAGCUUACCACUGCCACGUUACAAUCCUAACCCUAUUCAGGCACACUCGGCAGAAUGUCCUCUGAAGCUGUACGCAGGCUGGUUCUGCCCUUUUGUGCAGCGCGCGUGGAUUGUGCUCGAGGAAAAGGGCAUCCAGUACCAGUACAUUGAAGUGAAUCCCUAUCACAAGCCUCAGUCGCUGCUUGAUCUCAAUCCGCGCGGUCUCGUUCCCACGCUGCAAUACCAGGGCAAGCCACUGUAUGAGAGCACUGUUCUGUGCGAGUUUCUCGAGGAAGCCUUUCCACAACACACGCCGCAUUUGAUGCCAGCGGAUCCGUAUGAGCGCGCGAGAACGAGGAUCUGGACAGACUACGUGGGCACUCGCAUUAUCCCUGCCUAUCAUCGCUUCCUCCAGCACCAAGGCGACGGACUGGAAGAGAAGCAAAGCGACUUUCUAAACCACAUCAAGGAAUUCACGCGCGAGAUGGACAGCGAAGGGCCCUUUUUCGCAGGAAAAGACUUUGGCCUCAUCGACGUUGCAAUUGCGCCCUGGGCCAACCGGCUGUGGGUGUUUGAUCACUUCAAGGGGGGUUCAGGCAUUCCUGACGAGGGCCAGGGCGGCGAGGACGACGGGGUUUGGAAGAGAUUCAGGAAAUGGCUGGCUGCGGUCGAGAGCAGGAAGAGUGUCAAGGAGACGCUGAGUGAAAGGCAGCACUACCUCCCCAUUUACCAGCGAUAUGCGGAGGAUCGGGCGCAGAGCGAGGCGGCAAAAGCAAUACGGGCCGGCCGAGGCAUGCCGCGAUGCACAGGCGAUGCACAGUGCUGCACGAGUGACGUCAAAGCCCUCGUGGUGUUUCGAAACGCUGGGGUUGCCCAGGCGACGCUGUUGACAAAGGCGACCCACCAACACGGCCACAACCGGCUAAGCGUCAACGCUUCCACGUACACCGCAGGCACGCCCUGCCCGGCGCCCCAUGCCCCAACAAACAGCUGUUACGCCGGCUACCCAAAUCAAUACGCGCCUAGCUAUCUCGACGACGGCGACAACACGACGGCAAACCUCGAAUACACGACCGAAUUGAAGCCGCCGACUCGCCAGCCAAAGCCGCGCAGGCCGUUGCGCAGCUCCCACAACAAAUCCACAUUCAACCCCUCGCUGGAUAUUUUUGAAGAUGUCGCACAGGAGGAAGAGCAGCAGCAGCGAGCAGCCUUUGACGUCAAGAGGAGAACCCGCGCCAGUCUCGUGCCCGCAGCUGCAGGGUCAAAGAAGAGCACCAUUCUCGCACAUCCAGCACAGAAGAUGCCCAAGCCCGCCGCGCCCGUUCAGGAGCCCCAGCACGAGAAGCCCCGGCGACGCGUGUCGCAAGCUCCCAGCGAAAAACAUGCGCCCGAGGUCAACGCCACCCUGGUGCUGCAGGAGGAUAUUUUGGACAAGAAGGAACUUAAGAAGCCCGGUCCCAAGAAGGAGGCGCGCCGCAGGACUAUUUACAUUCCCACAGACGAGACGUCCAUUUUCACCAUCCACCCAGGACAGCCCACACAUGCGCCGCGCAACGCCCGCCAAAAAUCGCCAGAUCUCGGACUCGAUCUCGUCACCCUAUCUGAUGAGGAAGGCAACAAUUUGCAGCCAGCGCUGAAGAAGGAAAAGAAAGUGCCGCGCAAGUCGCUCGCCGCUCCCCCUAAACGCGGCCCUCUCAGCGCAACGUCGCGCUCGACGCAGAGCUUGUCUUUUUCAAACGACAUUGCAGGUUCGGGAGGCGGCAAGGAGAAUGUGCCUCCGGGCAUGGAGGUGUUUGCGAAGAAGGGCACUGGAAUGCACAUUGAAAUCAACUUUACCAAACCAGAGGCCAAGAAGCCCGUAGUGAAGGCUUCCAAGGUUCAUUUCAGCGCGCCCAAGGAGCCCGAGAGGAUACUGCAGACCAAGAAACGAACCGAGGGCACACAAAAACGACCGCGAUCGCGACUCGCCCACGACGAUGUGCCGGCCAAGGCGCUCAAAUCAAGGGCAGAUGGCACCGCGUCCACGGCAAACAGCAGCGCAUCUCUGAGGUCGACCAUCAAGACUGAACGAGCAAAACUGGCCAAAGCAAAGCGCGCCCCACUGUCUUCUUCCCCGUUCCACACCGACAAGUCACCGCCCACGGCCCUCCGUAAGCAAAAGACUGCAAGCGUAGCAAGUAGCAUUACCAUGCUUCACGAGGUCGGCGAGCGACCACAGCCGCGGGAAAAAUACCCAGUGCUAUGCGAGGAUCUUGCGCAACCCGAACUCUACGAGGACAACUGGCUUACCUACCAGGAGGUGGCUAUUACACAGCUUCUCAACUCUGUAUUCGACUCGGCAAACAAGGACCCGAAUGCUGAGCAGAGCCCAGAGGAUUUGCGCAAAAAGAUGCUUGCCAUUUAUCAGGAUCCCGCGGUGCCAUCACUGCACAAGCGUCUACAAGCUUCGCUACAAUUCGGCGCACUCAGCAUACCCAAGGAUCUGCUGGCCCAGGCGCUCAGGCUAAAGGAUGAUGUUGGUCUGCGCAAGAAGUUUCUCAACCUGUGGACCAAGUCGUACGACCUGAGUGCACUGCGGGCUGCAGCCGAGACGAUUGUGGGUCGCCAGAUCACAACGCCAUGCCGCUUGUCCACUGGCUCCACGUGCUCAGACGACGGGUCCCGCCAAUAUCGCGCUGAACGACGGGCAAUUGAAAGCUUCUUGUCUUCGUUCUUGAUCAAAAACGAAGAUGCUGUUCGCGUCAAGUCUGGCGGCGGUAGCAUUGCCAGUCUCACACGGGGUGACGACGAUUUUGGAUCCCAGGGCUGGUCCUGGCGCCGUACCGCACUGCGGAGUCUGAUGCUCAUCCUUGUUCUUGAUCAGGCAAAGACUACAAAUGCCCUGUCGGGCUGCUUGUUCCAGACGACGUCGCCGUACAAGACGUCCGUGGAGAUUCUCCAUCAUUUGUCCAAGAUGCUUCUUCCUUCGCACGGCGACAUUACUCGACCGCUCCACCAUCUCGGUUACAAGACAGAAGACACCGUGACACUGAACAUGCCAACGGGCGAGCUACUUACCAGCGAUGUGUCACACAAGGACUUGUGGGUGCUAUCUCAGCAUCUCAAGUACCCAGCCAUUGGUCGUGCACAAAAGGUUUACAAUGUGCAAGUUGCCCUGGCAGCCUUGAGCAGUGUCCCCGGUAUGCCCAGCGCCGCAGCCAGCGGAAUCCGCGCCGAAGACAUUGUCGAUGGUCAUCGCGAGAAGACGCUUUCCCUCCUCUGGUCACUAGUUGGGAAAUGCGGGCUGGGAAGUCUCGUCGACUGGCCACAGCUAGUCAAGGAGACGGAGCGCUUCCAAAACCAAUGGUACCGAACAAGAGACAACUUUGAAGACCGAGCACUCGACUCGGAGAACGACGAGGACACGAGUGAAGUAGAUGGACUGGCAUACCACAAGCGUCUUCUCCUCUCGUGGUCACGCUCAAUCGCGCGUCUCCACGGCCUGCGCGUAGCCAACCUCACCACGAGCUUCGCCGACCCGAAAAUCCUCGAGGUCAUUGUAGACACAUACCUGCCUUGCAACGUCGCCAACACGCUCGACAGCGGACGCCUGGGUCUGGCGGCAAAACUCAGCGCCGUCGGCUGCUCCGCUUCCUUCAUCGCGCUCUUCACGCCGCAGAACAAAACGGCUCGCUCCAUCCCCAGCCGCGACUUCACACUACUCACCCUCUCGUUCCUAGCCUCGCGCCUCCUCCCACUCGCACGCACCCACCGCGCCGCCACAAAAAUCCAAACAGCAUUCCGCCACUUCCUACUGCGCCACCAGACGCACAUGCGCAUCAAGGCCAUGCAGCUUGCGCACGCCUGCGCCGUCGUAGCCCAGGCCCGCCAGAAAAUGCUCCAUGCCGCCACGCUGAUCCAGCGCCGCUGGAAAAACAUCCAGGCCACGCGCCACAAGCAGCUUGAAAACGACAUUCUGGCUUUCCAGGCGCUCGCCCGUGGCUGGGCGAUCCGCAGGUGGGUCAGGCGUAUUACCGCCGGCAGAGUCGGCGGCAAGGAGAAGGUUAGGCGCGUUAGGGGUGGGUGGUGA